GUGUCAUUGUUUAUAGCGUCGGCCUCAAUGCACUCGGUACGUGCGAGUUAGUCUUAUAGAACAGAUGAACUUACUUACAAUCUUUUUUUUUUGAGUAUAUAGUUGGAAGGAGGACAGAAGACUGGUUUCUGCGGAUUGGUUUGAUUCUACUUGUCUGGAAGUGGAAGUUUCAAGGAAAUUUAAACGAAUUGUGCUUCGGUACGACGCCAGCGAUGGGAAUUUAACUCCGGGUUUUGGUGGGCGCAGUACAGGCGCACAGACUCACCCCCGGCGCCAGUACAGACACAACCAAAGUUUAACUCGUCCGGACGCACGGAGGCAAUAAUUUGCCCCGAGCGCAAUUCGCCAGAGGUAGCGAGAGAUCGGAGCCGCGGGGAUGGCAAAGGAUCACUUGAAACCGCGCCUGUGCCAUAUGAUAAAAGAGGAAAGUGGUUAUGGUUUUCACCUGCACGGGGAGAGGGGGAAACCUGGACAGUACAUCCGCAAAGUGGAGCCCGGCUCUCCGGCAGAGGCUGCGGGUCUGUCUGCUGGAGACCGGGUCAUUGAAGUUAACGGCCACAAUGUGGAGAAGGAGCCCCACCACCAGGUUGUGCAGCGGAUCAAAGCGAUGGAGCACGAGACGCGGCUGCUGGUGGUGGACAAGGAGACGGAUGAGUAUUUGCGCAGUCAGCACCUUGCUGGUACAGGGGGCUACGACCAGAAUCUCGCUCCGGAAAACUCCAAGGACAACGGGCAAGUGUGGAAGCAGCAAGGAGUAAUAAGCCGCGGAGAGCCCACCAGGUUAUCCAACAGGUCCAUUGAUGGGAACAAGAAGGAACUCAAUGGACAAGCCAAGGAGCUGUGCCCUCGCCUCUGCUGCAUGAAGAAGAGUCCAAAUGGCUAUGGCUUUAACCUACACAGCGAGAAAGCAAAGCCCGGCCAGUAUAUCCGGUCUGUAGACCCGGACUCCUGCGCAGCUAAAGCUGGUCUUCGUCCUCAGGAUAGAGUUGUGGAGGUGAAUGGGGUCAACAUUGAAGGGAAGAAACACAGCGAGGUUGUGGCCUGUAUCAAAGCCAGUGAAGAGGAGGCCAGGCUUCUGGUGGUGGACCCGGAGACAGAUCAGUACUUCAAGAAACUGGGAAUAACUCCAACUGAAUCGCAUCUGAGAGGGCCCUUGCCACUGCCACUUGCAAAUGGAUCUCCGCGGACACAGGUGAAAGGAGACAUGGACAAUGAUCCAUUUGUAGAGAGUGGAUUGAAUUUGAGUCCCACAGCAGCAGAAACCCGAGAGAAGAUGCAGGCUAACCGCAAGAACAAGCGGGCACCUCAGAUGGAUUGGAACAAGAAGCAUGAAAUCUUCAGCAACUUUUAACGGACUGUCCCGUUGAACUCUUCACUGAGCCCGACCUUUGGCAUCUUCAGUUAAUUAAUCUUCACUUAUCUACUUGCUGUCAUGGCAAAGUAAAAAAAAAUCGCCUGUUAACGUGAUUGUUAGAAGACUGUGACCAAAGCUUUCCUUUCUUUCUUCAAGCUAGCUACUUGCUUUUAGCUUAGGAUAUACCUUGAACAGAUCUACGGUAGUGUGGUUCUAACCCUGCUCGUGAUCUGACGUACGUCUUUCACCGACUGGUUUCCCAUUUGUGCUCUUGUGACCCAAAUUUUUGAUGCUCCAAAUGGGGCUAGAAUGAUUGGGGCCACAGUCAUUUUGCAAAGCAGAAUUAGCCUUUUAUGCUCUCCCCUGUGCAAGGUUCUUGUUUGAUGUCAUUAACCUGCAGGCGAUGAAACCAUUCACUAAAGUCGUCUGUGACUACUUCUUCAGUGUUUUCAGAGAUGUCUGGCUAGAAAUGUCUCACCGUACCUGUUCUUGUCUUAUAUUGUCACAGUUCCAUUUCACCAGACAGUGGUUUAAUUGCAAAGUCUUAUUAAAUUUAAUGACAACUUAGAUAACGUGAGGUGGGUGGAAGGAGAGAUGAGCGUUCCUAAGCAUUACAGCCUUAAUGUAAUACACUAUUAUAAAGGGACCAGAUUACUGCACAUAAAGACAUGUAUUAACUCUUUUUGUAUGCUAACUGCUGUUUUAAGCAGCACUGAAAAUAUUUUUUACGUUUUUCCCUUCAGAAUAUUUUCAUGAGGUUUUUAAUUGAUAGUAAUGCAUUAUGAAGUGAACUGUGUUAUUUCAAGGGAGUGCACAUUAGAGAGUCUAUGGAGAUGAAAUAAUGGCAGAGUACCAUUUCAGAUUUGUAACAUGCAUUUAAUUCUUUCACUCAUUAUCUCAUAAUCAACAGACACAUUUUAUAAUGAAUCGAGAUCAAUAGAAAAUUCAGAAAUAUGCUUAAUUUGACCACACUUUAAUUGAACGUAGUAACUCAAAGUGUAAAGUCAUUGGUACUAACUAGAUAUAACAUUCAUCAAUGUGCAAGCUGUUCCCUAUUGAAUAGAAUAGCGACAUUUAUUUACACUAUAUUCUAAGAAUCCCUGUGGGUCUGUGGUCAUUUAAGAUGGGUAGAAUGUAGAGAAAAAAACAAGUUUGGGGUCGAUGAUGAUGGAUUUGCUGCAAUUGUUGAAAAUUGUAAAGAGAAUAGUUUUGGUAAGAGAGAGGAUACUUUAGUGACUAACCUGCACCUGCUUUCUGGUAAUUUCUAACGAUCCAUUUUCAAAUUUCAUUAACUUUACUCUGCGCCUGUACAUUUCUGCUGAAAAUGAAUCUCUUUCGCUGCAGCCUGCAUCAUCUGGACUAACAAUUCCUCCCUGUUUCAGAGCUUCAUUCUUAAUUUUUGUCUUUUAUCCAAUCCCAAGCCGAUAUUUUGAACCGAAGGCCAAACUUGGGUGCCACUUUAGGAAUAGUCUUUACUCACUCCUGCUAUUGACUACCUAGAAACAUUUCACAAGAGGCUUGGGUACACAAGUUUAACGUGACCUUCGGUAUUUUGUGCUGGAAAAAAUCAGAAGCUCCUUUGACAAAUUGGUGGGGAUACUCAGCAGGACAGAAACAGUUAAAUUCCAGGUCAAUAAUCUUACAUCUGAACCUCUCUGAUAAGCUAACCCUGACAUAUCAACUCUAUCUCUCCACGGACCAUGCCGACUGAUUGAGUAUUCACAGCUUUUUUUUUGUGUAUUUUCUAUUUUGAGAAUCUACUAGUUUUUUUUUAUUAUUUGCUUUAGUUUUAAUACUUGUUUGAAAAUACUGAAAAUCCAC